AUGGGCGACGUCGACGAGACCGCAAAACUAUGGAAGGUCAAUCGUACAAUCCACGAACUCGUCAAAGACAGAGGAUUCCUCGUUUCAGAUGAAGAAAUCAACAUGGACCUGCAGCGCUUUCGCGACCUUUACGCGAACAAUGGCGGUGUGGUCGACCGAAACCAGCUUAAUUUCUACACAACAUCGCGCUCCAACCCCACAGAUCAAAUUUUCAUAUUCUUCUCAGAAGAACGUAGUGUUGGUGUAAAAACGAUGCGAAAACUGCUUAGCAUCCUGGAGGAAAAAAAGAUUCAACGAGGCAUCAUCGUCUUUCCGGGGAAUAUGACACCAUCAGCGCGCAAGGUUAUCGUCGCAAUGGCAGCUGAGUACCGCCUCGAGGAGUUCUCGGAGGCCGACCUAUUGGUUAACAUCACGCACCAUACCCUAGUACCUCGUCACGAGGUUCUGACCCCGGAGGAAAAGCGACUAUUGCUGGAAAAAUACCGUCUGAAAGAAACUCAACUACCUCGAAUCCAGCUAGCAGAUCCAGUCGCACGGUACUAUGGGCUCCGUCGAGGCCAAGUGGUCAAAAUUACACGACCCAGUGAAACGAGCGGUCGAUAUGCAAGCUAUCGUAUAUGCUUCUAG